GCUCACACACUUCAUUCUAGUGUUCAUCUCGUCAUCGCUGGACGAUAUUUCAAAAUGUUAAUUGAACUUUUAAUAUUUUUGGUGACGUCAUUGUUGGCAUACUAUGUUUACGUUUAUAAGAAAAUACACUGGCAUUACGACAACAGAGGAUUAAAGUAUAUACCAGGAGUACCGAUUUUUGGCAACGUAUUGAAGAGUACGUUCCUAAGGAGGCAUAUGUUUGAAGAUUUGGACGCUGUGUACAAGGAGUUUCCAGAUGAAAAAUAUGUGGGGUUCCUCGAAGGCGUUACUCCCAUACUCCUGAUCAGGAAUCCUGACUUAAUCAAAAGCGUUACCGUGAAAAACUUCGAUCACUUUAUGAACCACAAGAAAUUUUUCGACGAGGAAACGGAACCUUUGUUCGGAGGCAGUUUGCUGAUGAUGGAUGGUGAAAGAUGGCGCGACAUGAGGAUGACACUGAGCCCCGCGUUCACCGGCUCCAAGAUGAGGCACAUGCUGCCAUUCAUGGUGGAAAUCAGCAAUAACCUCGUGGAGUACUUGAAAGACCAUCAAUCCGAAGACAUGGACGUGGAAGACCUCAUCCGUCGGUACACCAAUGACGUCAUCGCGUCAGCAGCCUACGGCCUCCGCGUCAACUCGUUUAAGGACAAAGAGAAUGAAUUCUUCGUCACUGGACAGAAUCUCUUCAAGUUCAAUUGGUGGCAACGAUUCAUAUUCUUUGUGUCAAUCCAAUUCCCAGCAAUAGGGAAGGUGUUCGGGGGCUCCAUAUUCCCAAAAAAGACAACAGAAUUUUUCCGCGAUCUAGUGAGGAACACAAUGGAAUAUAGGCGAAAGAACAACAUCGAACGGCCUGACAUGAUCCAACUGUUAAUGGAGGCUUCGGAAGGUAAAUUAAAAAAUGCAGACACGGAGGAAAACGAUAGCGUUGGAUUUGCGACCGUUAAUGAAGAAUUGAAACACCAUGGACACACUAGAGAAUGGACGGAGAACGAGCUGAUUGGCCAGGUGUUCAUCUUCUUCGUAGCAGGGUUUGAGAGCUCUGCCAGCGCUUUAGUUAUGUGUGUCCAUGAACUUGCCAUUAACCCUAAUAUUCAGGAAACGUUGUACCAGGAAAUCAGAGAGUUCAAGGAGACAAAAGAAACUUUGUCGUACGACAAUGUAUCUGUUUUGAAAUACUUGGACAAUGUUUUGAACGAAACGUUAAGGAAAUGGUCACCGGCAGUCAUUUUGGACAGGAUAUGCAAUAAAGAGUUCAUAUUACCUCCGCCAAGGGAAGGUGGUGAUGCAUACAGAGUGAACCCAGGAGAUGUGGUGUACAAUUUUGUGAAUUCCUUGCAUAUGGAUCCUAAAUAUUUUCCUGACCCAGAGAAGUUUGAUCCGGACAGAUUCCUAGAUGAGAACAAACACAAUAUAAAGCCGUUCACCUACAUGCCCUUCGGAAUGGGCCCUAGGAACUGUAUUGGAUCAAGAUUCGCUCUGCUAGAACUGAAAGUCCUGCUGUACAACCUGGUCCUCAACUACAAAAUCCUGAAGGUUGAGAAGACAGCAGACCCGAUCAAACUGAAGACGGAUGAGUUCAACCUUAAAUCACAAGGAGGGAGUUGGGUUCGAUUCCAGGCUAGGGAAUAGUUUUUUGUAUUUAUAUUGUAGACAAUUAGUUCAGUAGUCAUUGUAAUUUUAUCCAAAUAAAUAUUAUAUUGGUUAUAAUAAAGUAA